AUGGAAAUCCGGUCCCGUCUUACGACCCAAGCUGACAACGAAGGCAGCAGCAAGUAUUCAUCACUGAAGGCAUCCGUCAAUGGGGCAGCUGAGAAAAUUCUCGGAUUCACUCAGCUGUGCUGCUGUGACUGGAUCAGCAGAAGAACCCUGCAGGUGUCGGCCGAGACGACUCGAGUCAUGUCCCACCACGAGGCUUCCUUCCGCCAACUUCGAAAGCUGACAGAAAAGUUGGCUAGAGAUGACCGGCAGAAGUAUUGGUUUGAAAUGGCAACUUCUAUGGAGCAGGCUUCAAAUCUUGUUGACACUCGAAAAUUAUAA